UCCAUGUUCCUGGUGCCGCUCGGAUCUACAACAUAGAUCUGCAGCCGUCAGACAGGAUGUGAACUUUGUUUUCAUGGAAACGGGUGGAGGCUAUUUCAAUGCGUUUGGGUUUUAUCAACUUUUCAGUUUUGGACGUUUCCCUCGUUUCUCUUUUCGUUGAUUUAGUCUUUAAAAAAACAUUUUACUGUUUUUACACUUCAUUCAUUUCUCCUGUGCUAUUUUACUUUCCCCUGAAGAGCUUUGUUUUCUUUUAAAAGCUUUGAGAUAUUAUCUUCAUAUAGUUUAUCAUAUCACAUUUAUUAUAAUGCUAGCACAAGUUUUAAUCUGUUAUUUUUCUAUUUGUGAUCUUCAAAUAGCUUUUUAACAGUUUCCUUUUGUUUCCCUUUGGUUUUUACGAUUUUUAACACGUAAAGAGGCUUAUAACUAAGUUUUGAAAGAUGCUGCUUGAUUAAAGUUUAUUAUAAUUCAUCAUAAAUAUUUUAAUAUCAUAAAACAUUAAUCAUUUUAUAGGGAAAACCAUCAAGCUCCUCCAAUCAUUUGUUUUUAAACAUUAAGUUAGUCCUUGGACUCAUUUGUUGUGAAGCUGUUCAAACCUCCAGGUCUAAAAUUCAGGUCAGAUCAGUUCUGUGUGACGCAGCUCUGUGUUCAUCCUGCACACACACAUUCUCCCUGGUUGUUUAUCUGAGCACACACAGCUGCCCAUCAUCACACACACUCACUCACACUCACACACACUCACACACACUUCAGCGCCUGAGAGGAAAUCUACCAAAAAGUGACGAUGGGGAAAAUUAACGGAUGCCUGAAAUGUCUCUUCAUCUUCUUCAAUGUGUUGUUUGGUAUCAUCGGAUGUGUUCUGAUCUACGGGACCAUAAAGGCCACCGCCUUCAGCCUCCAGAUGUCGGCGUUCGGGGCUCCCAGCCUGGCCUGGCUCUGGGUGUUCGCCAUCGGCGUCCUCGGCAUCUCCUCCCUGGGAAUCUACGCGGCCUGCUCCGAGAAAGCUCUGGCCCUGAAGAUAUUUGCAGGCUUCAUGGUGGCGGGGAUGGUCAUCAUGAUGAUCUUUGGCAUCAUCAUCGUUGUCUUCAGGAACCAGCUCAGAGAUUCAUUUGACAAAGCCUCCGCUGAACUGGCCAAACCCUUCAUGGCAAACGAGGAAGCAAGAGAAGCUCUCAACCAACUGCAGGGAGCUCUCCACUGCUGUGGAGUGGUGAGUCCCAAGGACUGGGCUGAUGAAAUCCCCUCGUCCUGUGGGUGCAGCAGCUCCGGGUCGGGACCCUAUGGUGGACGUGAUAUCUGCGUAGCCAAACCUCCGGGAACCAAUGGCCCCCCCCCGGAUCUAUCAACAGGUAUCGAUCAUCCAGCUCAUCUUCUACACUCAACCUGCGGCGACUUCUUCUUCACGAUCAUUAACAUGGUCUGCAACAUCGCCAUGGGCUUCUUCUUCGGGUUUGCAGUCACCGCACUGCUCGGCCUGCUGGUGGCGCUCCUGAUGAUCCGUCAGGUCAAACGUCACGACAGCGCGGACGGUGGGUCGUACGCCAUGAAGAGCUACUGACGACCUUUGGCCCCUGCCCUUUGACCUCUGCACUGUAACUGGGGGACUCAGUGAUCAUUGUGUGUCUUCUCUCACUUUUUUUUUUACAGCGCUUCUGCCUUUUUAAAGAUUGUAGGAAAAGAGAUGGUUUCUCGAAGGAAGAUUUCAUCUGGGAGAAAAACUGCUUUUCCAGCUUUUUUAUCAUAGAAAUUUAAAAACAUUUAUUUUUGUGUGAAUUAUACAGUAUAUAUGUAUAUCUUUUGUGUUAUUUGAUGGUAUUUUAAUCAAGUCACGUAACAGAGGAGCAGUUUCUAGGCUCAACAAUGUUUUAUAUGACUAAAGGUCUUUUAACCCACGGAGGUUAUAAAAAUUAUUUCUCUAGAAAAUGAUUGUUUUACAUGUUCAAGUUUGAAAAAAGCCCCAAGACGUCGACAGCUGGUUAACGUGGUGACUGCUGUAGGAAAUUAGCAGAAAUUCACACGUGACUCUCGUAUCGCAAACUUAUAACUUAGAAAAUAACGUCAAAUGAAGGUGAUUUGUGAAAAAUGGCUAACAGGCUAAUCGGAUAGCUUCCACCAUUUUGAAAUCUCCCAUUGUUAAUUUCCUCUAAAAGUCUCUACGGUCAAAAUCUCGUGCCGUUGGUCAAUAACACAUUUCGUACGAUAAAAAAUUGAUGUUUAAUCUGUGGAUUUACUUUAUCUUUGCAUCUUUUGAAUGGGAAUCAUACUUUGAAGUUUGAUCACCAACGUUUUCCAUGUUAGUAACAUAAAGUUUAUUAUUGUGCCUCCAGAAGGAGCCUAGUUUUACAUGUUCAGUGUCGAUUGUUUUGUAAGAGACUGUUUUUAUCUUCUGUCCAUGACGAAGUUAAGUUUUAUAUGAGAUUACAGAUCAUAACUCCCCAAUAAAAAAUUCAAAGAAAACAUUAA